CCCUCCUCCUCCUUCCACUUCCACUCCAGCGAGCGAGCGAGCGAGCAGAGCAGUACGCGGAGCGGUAGACUGUCCUACCCCGCUUGCGCUUUUGCUGCAAACCUCGCUGAGGAUUUCCCCCCCUCCAAUUAUUAUUAAGGCAAAGCGAGCUGUGCAGAACGAAAAACUGGCGCAACUAUGCACCGCGCUCUCCGUCGUGACUCCUUUUUAUGAUCAUUUAGUUUUUCUAUUUGCUUUUCUUGACGCUCUUCUGGAUGCAAACACCUGACAAGCACCCACCGAAUGUCGUCUUUAAGGUGACUCCAUGAGACAGCGAUGGAGACCAAACGAUACCAAAGUCUCUUUGAGGGAAGCGACGCGGAAAACAGGUGGUCUCAGAUCCCCGGUACCAUGGAGUUCUGCUGUGCCCCCGAGGACUCCAGCCUGAGCGGAGGCGAUGUUCUGUUGGACAUCGCCAACGUCGCCGACCCCAAAGAGGGUGGCGGCAAAAAGCCGGAGCAGCCGUUGCUUCGUCCCGGGCCCAACCAGCACUCGGGCCUACCGCAUAUCGGCAACAGCUCCCUCCACGGCCCUAAGACGGAAAUGGACUCCAAGGAGCUUUCCAAAACCGUGGCAGAGUCCAUGGGGCUUUACAUGAAUGCUGCCAGGGAGGCGGACUUUGCCUUUGGCCAGCACGGGGGCUCGGCCAGCCCUGGGAAAAUGCCGUACCCGGUAUGCGGGCGGACUCUUGAGGAAAGCCAGUGCAUCACCGCGAAGAGCCCCAAGCUGAAAGGGUUUGCGUUCCCGCAGUCGACCGGUGGGGACGCCACCGCCGGCGUCCCGGUGAGCUCCGCUUCCUUGCUGGCCUCAUCGCUGUCCGGCAGUCCCCAAACUCCCAGCCCGGGGGGCGGCAACAACAUGGUGUCAUCCACCACCACCAGCCCCCCGGUGGGCUUCGGCCCAGCGUGCUCGCCCGUAAGCCACCCGGCCCUAGCCGGAGUCAGGCGGCGGAAUUUGUCGGCGUGCAGCCCCGUGGAGUCCAGCACGGUAUGCUCGCCGCCCCUCAUGAGGUCCCCCAUGUCCAGCCCGCGGAGUAUGACUAGCGUGAGGUCCCCGCCAUCCUGCAGCGUCAGGUCAUCCGUCUCCAGCCCCAACGCGGUCCGGCCCCCCGCCUGCAGUCCGGCCAUGGCCAUAGGAAGCCCGCAGAAUCCUUCUUCGGGAGGCUUCCUGGCGUCUAGUCCUACCGGUGAAUUGGGUUUGGCGCAUGGCGACACCCGUAGCCCCGAAGAGGCGGGUCUGACCGACGAGCCGGACUUCAAGCCCUUUGAGUUCCCCAAGGUGGAGAUGGUGGACGGCGAGGUGUUCAACGUGGGUUUGGACCAGAUGGGCAUGGUGAAGUUCAUCAAGAACGAACCAGGGACUGAUUUUCGGAGCAUGUGCUCGGGGGGCUCCAAAUGCAACACCUCCGGUGUGCCGUUUAUCACGCAAAUCAAAAACGAACCUGACAAAAACGCCGGCUGCAUGAACCCGCAGUCCUACGGCCGACAGUCGCCGCCGCUCGGCCUCUUCCCCGCGGCCGAGACCACCUACUUGUCCCUGCGGAAUAACAUUGACGAAUACAGCCUCUCCGGAAUCUUAGGACCCCCGGUGUCUCUCAACGGGAACUACGACUCCGACGUGUUCGCCAACGACGUCCUGUCCAAAGGGGUCAAGCAAGAGUCCAUCGAGAGCGACUACUACCAUGAGAGCAACGGCGUGCCCACCUCGGCCAUUGUUGGAGUUAAUUCCAGCGGACACUCAUUCCAUUACCAGAUCGGCACGCAGGGAACAAUGUCGUUCGGGCGCCACGACGCCCGGGACCAGUCCAACCCUCUGUUGAAUCUCAUUUCGCCCGUGGCGGCGUUAAUGGAGUCGUGGAAGUCGCGGCCGGGCAUGCCGCAGGGCUCGCUGUCAGCCCGGGGCGACGGAUACCCGGGUCAGAACUGCAUCGGUGACGGCAUGGCGAGCUCGCCGCUCAGGCAACCUUCCUCGACAGCCAAGGUGUGCCUAGUGUGCGGGGACGAAGCGUCGGGCUGCCAUUACGGCGUGGUGACGUGCGGCAGCUGCAAAGUCUUCUUCAAAAGAGCCGUGGAAGGUCAGCACAACUACCUUUGCGCCGGAAGGAACGACUGCAUCAUCGACAAGAUCCGACGGAAAAACUGCCCGGCGUGCCGCGUACGCAAGUGCCUCCAGGCCGGGAUGAACCUCGGAGCUCGUAAAUCCAAGAAGUUGGGCAAGUUAAAGAGUAUCGGCGAUGACUCGCAAGCAGCCAAGGAAAGCCAGGCGGCGGCCGGCGUGGACUUCCUGUCGUCGGAGAAGGAGUUGAACGCCACCAAAGCCGCCCUGGUGCCCCGAGGGGCCAGCGUGAUCCCACCUUUCCUACCGCCGUCCAUCUCGAGCGUGCUGGAGCUCAUCGAGCCCGAAGUAGUGUACUCGGGCUUCGACAACACGCAGCCCGACACCACCGACCACCUGCUGUCCAGCCUCAACUGCCUGGCCGGCAAGCAGAUGGUGCGCCUGGUCAAGUGGGCCAAAGUACUUCCAGGUUUUCGGGGCCUGCCCAUCGAGGACCAAAUUACGUUGAUCCAGUACUCGUGGAUGUGUCUGUCCUCUUUUUGUCUCGGUUGGCGCUCCUACAAACACACCAACGGACAGCUGCUCUACUUCGCCCCGGACCUCAUCUUCAACGAGGAGCGGAUGCAACAGUCGGCCAUGUACAGCCUUUGUCUGGGCAUGAGGCAAGUGAGCCAGGAGUUUGUUCGACUGCAGCUCACCUACGACGAGUUCCUCUCCAUGAAGGUCCUGCUGCUUCUUAGCACAAUUCCCAAAGAGGGUCUGAGGAGCCAGGCGGCGUUUGAGGAGAUGCGAGUUAAUUACAUCAAGGAGCUCCGCCGCUCUGUGGGCAAAGCCACCAACAACUCCGGCCAGACCUGGCAGCGUUUCUUCCAGCUCACCAAGCUACUGGACGCCAUGCAUGGUCUGGUGGCCAACCUGCUGGACUUCUGCUUCUACACCUUCCGCGAGUCGCAGGCCCUGAAAGUGGCGUUCCCCGACAUGCUGGUGGAGAUCAUCAGCGACCAGAUACCAAAGGUGGAGUCGGGCCUCACCCACACCAUCUACUUCCACAAGAAGUGACGGGGGGUCAAAAAUCAAAACGCAACAAAAAAAAGAAACAACCUUCAAAAACGCUUGACCGAGAACUCGGAGCAACGGCAAGGUGGGGAAGCGCCGCGAGCGAGCGACCACCCAUAGCGCGGAAACCGGAACGCGCUGGAGGAAAAUAAAGAACCGGAAUUGUCGGGGUCGGGAACAUACCCGCUCUGCCAUGCUGCCCCCUCCCUCCUUCCCAUAACCCUUUUUGCACCCCAAAGACACUAUCUUUUCAAUGGAGAUAAAGCCAUACAUUUCCUAGGAUGUGCUAGUGCUACAUUCACACUAACACACCACACAGAUGCACUAAAAAUUCCCCCCCCUCUAAAAAAAAAGAAAUACUCAAAUUAAGUGUGGCUUAUGCAGUCUUUCACAUCCAUAAAUCAAUAUACAGUAUAUACUAUGCUAAUAGAUAUUGCUUUGCAGCGCAUCUACAACAGGACAGGAAAAUACAAACAAAAAAAAUCACGCUUGACUAUACGGCCAAAGGUCUAGUAGAAUAUAUUCCAAGGGCUACAGUACAAGUAUAACAUAUUGACAUGCUUCACCGUGAGCUCACUCUCCAAUUCAAUUGGUGUUAUAAAAUUCCAAAAUGAUUCAUGAAUUUUUAUGUGUUUGAAUAUGCAGGAGGGAGAGAAGGGGGGAAAACGUCAAUGUUUUGGGGAAAAAUAUCCAAUCCCAUGACUCGAGUUGAAGAAGGCUGUUUUGAAUGAUUUUGGGCUCAUUUUUGCAGUUCAGAUGUGCAGUGAAACAAUGCAAAGUAAAUAUGCAAAAGGUAAACGGAGGAAUUUUGAGUGAUUCAGUUUGUAAAAAAGAAACAAAACUACAAAAUGCCACUAAUGAAUUGGCCGGCUGGGCGGUAAUGGGAGUCGCUCGUUUGUGUUCUAUCCAGAGCAGCAGUCCGGUUGCCGUCUGUUUUUACUCACAAGCAAAGCCAGCCCUUUGUGACCCGACUCUUCCCACAAUUAAUAAAGCAUUUUAUAAGAGUUGUCUAUUUUAUUUUAUUUUUCCGAACAAUCCGCUCAUUAAGGUGCUUCAUGCCGGGCGAAAGAUUUGUAUAGUGACCUUAAAUGAACAAUGCUUGCGCAAUCACCCUCCAACUACAAUGAUGUCUCAAUUUUGUGAGUUAUCUAGAGCCCCACCAAAUUUUGUUUUUUUAGUUAAGAGUCCUCAAAAGAAUUGUAGCAAAAACAACCGUAUGCAAUUUUGAUUUUUAGAAUUAUAAGCACAUUACUUAUUAGUACUAAUAUUAACGCCUUAAAUUGAAUUUAAACAAAUGAAUCCAUAAUUAGUUUCUUUUUUUAAUUUGGUUCCUCCCACAAAAAACUAACAAACCCGACUGUUAUUACUUGUGCUUGGGGUUAGAACUCACAAAAUGUGGACAUUGAUGCUUUUCAUUGAAUAGCGAGAACACACACACACACACACACGCACGCAAAACACACUGUACAGUCGAUUUACAAGGAGACUUAAUCUGCAGUGCUUAAUGUACAGCUACUAACUAGCGAGAGCUUUUGUAAAGUUGGGCGGUCAUGGUAUGAUUUUGUACACUUGUAGACUUUACGUAUAUUUCCCAAAAACCGUGAUGCUACUGAGAAGCGUUAACAGCGCAACCCCCCACGACCACCCCCAUCCACACCCCAACUACUACUUUCCCAAAUUUGACAAAUUUGUGAAAACUGUAUGUGAGUGUUGGUUGCUGGAUUAGCCAUAUCCUAUUUGCUUCAUUUUUUUUGCACAAAGGAGGUAUGGUUGAGAAACAGCUAGCGGGCGCUGUCCUCGGGCAAUUUCGAUAUAGCCUAUUAAGGAAUCGGGAUAUUCCUUCUUGACGGCGGUCAUUUUGAAUACAGUGGAACCCCCACCCUGCCGAAAUUUCGACUGGCUUUUUUUUGGCCCUUUAAGAAAUAAGAAACUAAAUAAAUUGGUCUUGCUUGUUGCUAGGCAGGAUUGACAGGGCAGAAUUAGCUAUGCCCUAUUUAGGAAUUUUGUGAAAUGUGAGACUAAUCAGAUUUUGAAGUCAUCCAAUGUGAAGAAACAGGAAGACAGUCGGACCCUUGUGGCAUUUUAUGAUUAUUAGAAAGUUGCGGUUUUAAAAAUGCUAGCAAGAUUGGAUCAUAGCCUCGCAUUCGAAAACCAACCCACCUCGAGUGAAUUGUAAACAAGGUGACGUUAGCUUGAGUCGCUAGGUACUAUAACUGUAAAUGUUGGAAAUCUGAAAGAAAUUGAGAAUAAAAAGCCAAAGAAAAGGUUCCACUGUAUUUAGAAAAAAAAAAAAAAAGGAAGGGAGCAUCCCCAAGCUAACCCAAAUCCCGCCUACUUGUUUGUCCUUUGUAAGGAACCCACGCUAAAUAUGGUUGAAUGAAAGUAUUUUUGAGAGAAUUAUAUUUUGGUGGAAAAUAAUAUUUAAGUACUUUUGUGUAAAAACAACAACAAAAAGGCAAAUUUCUUUUUUUUUGUAAGAUGUUGAUAAAUAAAUGCAUGCGUUUUGAUGACGAUGGCGAGAUGUUUACAUUGUAUUUAAGAAACAAAAGAAAGAAGGAAAAAAGGGAAACCUGUGCCUUUUUUUAAAUCGCACUCAAUUUACAGUUUAACACUAUUGUACAUAGGACAAAAAUGCUUCUUGUUCUGUUGAGUGUAAAGGAUUUUUACGGAAUGAUGUGUUUAACCCCCACUUUUCUGUGUUGGAAGGAGAAAUGAAUGUAUGAUUUGCAUUGUGACAGACUUACGACCUGAAUGUGAGACAGAAGACAUCUAGAAUCUUUUUUUCCCUCCAAUUUUUUGUUACUUUUUUUUCUCUCAUCAAUGUUCGUGUAAUUAAAACAAAUAUUUCUUAUUUUGUAACAAAAUGUGUUAAGUGAUGGAUAGCAUUUUUUUUGUUUUUGUUUUUACGAGUUGUUGCUGUUGAGAUGAUUUCCUAAUCCAAGGCGCGAUUGGUGACCAGCACCACAAUAAAAAUCAACAAGUCACCACA